AUGAAUUUACAAAAUUUUGAUUCCUUAUGUAAUGAUUGUUGCUUCUCAAGAACAUUAGAAGUAUAUUAAUAUAUUAAGAUUAUAGAGUAAAUAAAUGGCAGAAUAGACAAUUUAUUAGUUCAUAGAAGAUAUAAGAAAUAUAGAUAUUUUAUGCCAGAUCAUACAAUAAACUUAAUCAAGCUCUACAUUAUUUGUUAUAUCAGAAUACAUAGCAAAGAUUGUUGUUUCUGAAAGGUCUUUUAAAGGAUUAUAAUCUUCUGAUUGUAGUUCAUUAGAAGGCUAAUCUAUUUUGGGAUAAUGUUUAAACAAAGAAGAAAAUGAUGUGUUAUUUAAAAAAUGCAAAGUGUAUGAAACUUUGGUUUCGCUAUUUUGUAUAAGUCUUUAAAAGCAAUAAGAAAAUCAUGUGUAAAAUUCAAUCUGUAAUUUGGUGGGUUUGUUGAUUUAGUAAAUAAUGAUGAUGAGUAGCAACCAAUUUGCAAAGUUCAAAUUAGUUUUUAACUCUUUUUUCUCAGGGAGUCAAUUUUACCUCCUUUCAAUUGGGUUGAAAUUAAUUUAGAAUGUUUUAUAAAAUAUUCAACUUUAUUCAUCUUAUGACUCUUAUUUUUCAUAUAGAAAAAUGAUGUUUUAAUUUUAAAAUAGUGACAUAUUAGAUUUUAUGUAGACUGUUUGUACAGUUUUAAAAUAGUGUAGUUCAAAUCUUUAUAAAUAAGCAUUAGCCUCACUUAAAGAUAUUUUAAUGUUCAAUUUUAAUGUCAGUUACUUUGAAUUAGAAUCAGAUUUUGAUCCAAAUGAUUAAAAUAACGUUAGUGUAAAUUUAAAUAUUAUACAUUUAGUUUCCAGAUAAAUUUGCUGAAUUUUUUAAUGAUAGGUAAUUAAUAGAAUUACUUUUCAAUAUAAUAGCAUCAUAUAGUUCAACUGACUCAUCGUUAUCUUUAUUAGCACUAAAAUCAUUAAAGAGAAUGGCUUCUUCGAAAAAGAGAAUAUUUACUGAAAAAAUAAAAAAAAGAUUGUUUGCGAAAGAAAUGUAUUAAGGUUGCAUUUUCCUUUUCGAAAAAGUUUAAUAAGCAAAUGAAGAAAUCAUAAGUGACAUUCUUGAAUUAAACACUAAAUUAAAUAAUUGUUUUGGUUUGAGAUAAGUUAGAUUUGAUUUUACAUUUAGUUAACAAUGGUUAUUUUGUUUAUAAACAUUUUGUAUAUAAAUUUUACAAAAAUAAAUGAAAAUUAAAGAUCCUCAUAUGUAUUAGAUGAUAGAAUUAAUGAAAAAAUUAGUGAAAUUUAUAACUGAUUUUAAAUUAGAUGUUACAUUUAAAUAAUCAAUUUCUAAAACUAUAUCUGAAAUAGGUAAAGCUAUAAUUCAUUUAUUAUUGAAUUCUAAAAAUUCCUUUUUUUAGGGUUACACUCCUUAGAAUCACAAAAAAUUAAAGCAUACUCUAAAAGAAUUUUUUGAAAAUCUUUUUCCUAUUUUAGCAGUAGAUUUAGCAAGUCAUAUCAAAAUGAUUUAUUAUUCUUUUAAAAAUGCUGCUUAAGAUUAAGAAAAAUUUAUAAUUGAAUUAAGUUUAAUUAAUUACAUAGUAAUAAAUCCUUAAAUAUUAGAAAAAAAUAGUGAUGAAAUAAUUUAAAUGAUUUAAACUGUUAUUAAAGAUUCAUUAAAUUUUUUAUAAGUUGCUACACAUAAUUUACCUCCUUUAGUUAUUAUGUCUGCAAUGUCUUUAGCAGAUAAUUUAUUUUAAUUUGCUUUAAGUGAAUCUGAUGAAUCAAUUGGUAGACAAAAGUCCAACAAAGCAUUUUUUGAUAUUUUCAUUAAGCCAGUUCUAAUUCAACCCUAACAAGCCACUAAUCAAUUGUUACAAUUUAUAAUUUUAUAAUUACAGAUUGAAAAUAAAGAAAUAAUAGAAUAUGCCUUAGUAAUUAUGAAAGAAACAAUAGUCAGACUAAAACAUCACUUAUAUAAUGAAGCUUUUUAAUAAUCUAAUGUUGUAUCAUAAAUCAAAGGGAUUUUAUUAAACUUAAAAAAUACUGCCUUAUAAAAAGAAACGUUUUUAAGUUGUCGAACCUUAGCCUCAGAAAUUCUAUCUAUUUUAUUGUUUGACACUGCCUAUGAAAAUUAUAUCGAAUCAAUAAUAUAAUUAAACUAAUUUUUAACAAUAUAACCAACAUAAUAAUCAAUUUUAAUUUAUCUAUAUGAAAUGCUUGGCUAUUUUAGACAUGUUGAUACAAGCAAAAUAUUUAGACUACUAAUUAAAUAGCAUUUACUAAAAAUAGCAGAUUUGACUAGAUUUAUUUUAAUAGACAAUCCUCAACAAUUUCAAAUGUGUAAAUUAUGUUUGAAAUUAAUGGUGGCAAUAACUGAGAACAAAAGUUUAAGAUAUUAAUAUCAUAGUUCAUCAAUUGUAUAAAUUGAAUUAGUUAGAACAUUUUAAGGUUUUCUAACAAGUUAUCUGUAACAUCUUAUAACUGCUAUUUUAGAUGAAAAAGUGAAAUAGGAAUAUUCAGCUGAAAUAUGUAGAUUAGUUGGAUUAAUAUUUAAAAUAAUGAAUAAUAUUUUGAAAGGAAAAUACAUACUUCAAACUUGCUAAUUACUUUUUGCUGACAGAAAAUAUUUAGAUUAAUUAAUAACAGUGUUAGAAAUUACAUCAAAAAUUACAAAUUAUAUCAUAGUAAUUUUAUAUAUAAAUUUAGAUGUAUAACAAAGCUUGUUUAUAAGUUGUUUAAGUUUUAUAAGUAGUGAGCUCGUCACAAUUAUAAUUAUUUGAAUUAAAUCCAUCAUCAUUAACUACAUUGAUGAUAAUAAUUGAAAGUUUAUAGAAACAUUUGUUAAGUUAAUUAUCUCAAGAAUACAAAACUUAAACUAUUUCUACAUAUCAUUAACCUUUAGAUAAAGUUACUUUAGAUCAUACAACAGAUAUAAUUCUAUCAAUUCUAGGAUUUGUAUCAGAAGAAUAACAAUUAAGUUAGAUGGGAAUCUUAAAAUCAUUUAUUUAACCAUUAGAUAGUAUUAUUGAACUUGUUUUAAAAGAACUUCUAUUAUGCUUAAUCAAAGGUCAAUGUUCACAAUAAACAAAUCUAAAAAUUACAAGAUAAGUCUUCGCUAUAAUGUGCACUUUUUAAUAAGUUUUUGUUGGAAUUUUAAGUAAAGUUUUACUGAGAUCAGAUCAAUAAAUUGAAUCUUUAUAACUUUAGAUUUUAACAUAAGAUUUAGACCUCAGAAUAAAACAUUAAAAUGAAGAAUAAUUUUAAAAAAAUUUCAAUCUAUUUAUGUAAUAAUUUGGAAUUUGA